UGGCGGCGUUAUGUCUCCAGAGCACAGUUUGGAAAUGAAAACAGAUAUAUACUGCUUUGGAGUCAUAGUCUUGGCGAUGAUGAGUGGCAAGAGCGUAACAACGGCUUCAUAUAUUGCGUCCCUUAUCGUAUUUGCAAGGACGGUGAAGAGUAAAGGCACGGUAAUUGAGAUGGUACAAGAUAUCCUUAGGGCGACACAUGUACUCGACGAAGCGCGGAAAUGCCUUGAAGUUGGUGUCUUAUGCACGGAACUUGAUCCAGAUAGCAGACCAACAAUCACUUCAGUGCUCGAAAUUCUACGAG